CAGAGUGGCGCUGGCAAAUAAAUAAAAAAAAAAAAAAGAUGAAAGACAUGUUUGUGUCAUUUUACAAUGAGUAAUCUUAAAAUAUACAAUAUAAAAUUAUAACUAAACGAACAAAGCUAAAUAAUAAAUUAACAAAUAAUAUUUGUUAAUAUUAAAAAAUGCAGUAUAAAUUUUUCAACAAAAAAAUGGCCGUUAUAUUGUGUUUUUUAUAACUUGUAAAAAAAAAUAAAAAUAAUAAAAGAAAAUAAAACUUUUUGACGUUUAUGAAAUAAAUAUAAGAAAAAUAUAUAUUUUUUUUGAGGCUAAACACUUGACAUUGAUGCAGAUUAAAAACACAAAAUAUUGGAGUGCCUUAAUUGGGCCUACUCCUAAUAUAUUGGAGAAAAUAUCAACAAUAAAAAUAAGCUUUUGACAUAAAAACUGCCGAUGCAAAAUAAUUUUUUAAAUAAAUUAAAAGUAAAUUAUCAAUGGGAAAUUGUUGGCCGUGUUUUAAAGUGCCAAAUCCUCAAACUACGACACAACAAACAACUGUGUCUGAAGUUAAGGAAGACACAAUGGAAUUACGUAGAUUAUUUCCAUCAAACACAUGUUCAAAAGGUGCAAUGACAUCAAUAGACUCACAUAUUAAUGGUAGUAAAAAAUUAUCAUCAACAACAACAACAACAGCAACAAAUAAAACAUCAACAUUUGUUAAUAUUGUUGGAUCAGAUAAUUGUGGUUCAGUACCAGCUGUACAAAAUAAUAUUCGUGUACCAAAAGCAUUUUAUGCUAGAUUGCCACCACUUGGUAAAUCAAAUACACCAAAUAGUUUUAAUACAAUUGAUAAUAGUAAGCAACAAAAAGAUGCAUUAGAUUUAAAAUUAAAUGCAUUAUUUGAUCAAUACAAGGAUCCAGUUGAAGAUACAAUACUUGCUGAUGGUAUUGAAAGACUAUGUGAUGAUUUACAAUUAUCACCAGAUGAUUUUAAGGUACUUGUACUUGCAUGGAAACUUGAUGCUGAACAAAUGUGUCAAUUUACACGUGCUGAAUUUAUAAAUGGACUUAAAUCAUUAAAUGUUGAUAGUAUAUCUAGUAUACAAUUACGAUUACCAAAUGUUGUUAAUGAAUUAAGUCAAAAUAAUGAAAUGUUUAAAGAUUUGUAUAGAUUUACAUUUCGUUUUGGUCUUGAUAUUACAACUGGACAACGUAUAUUACCAACUGACAUGGCUAUUGUAUUAUGGAAGUUAGUAUUUACAAUACGUGAACCACCAUUAUUAAAAAAAUGGUUAUUAUUUCUUGAUAAUCAUCGUAUACGUGGUAUACCACGUGAUACAUGGAAUAUGUUUUUAAAUUUUGCUGAAAUAAUUGGCAAUGAUCUUGGUACUUAUGAUGACACUGAAGCAUGGCCAAGUCUUUUUGAUGAUUUUGUUGAGUAUGAAAAUGAUCAAAUGAAUCAAAAUGUCAUUAAAGAUGACAUUAAAGAUAAUACAAAUGAUAGGGAUUAAUUAAUUUAAGGCUUAUUAGUUUCUUUUUUCUUUUUUUUUUUUUUUCUUUGUUUAAUUAUUGUUUUUUUUUUAAUUCAUCAUUCGCGUGCUUCCUCUUUUACACGGUGCCCGUUAAUUUUGACAAAUUAACAAAUAGAAAUUUAAAAAAAUGCAAUCAAUUUUAUAUAUAUUAAAAAUAGAAUUUAUUUUAAUUUUAAGUAUCAAAGAUACUUAAUUAUAUGAUUAGAAAAAAUAUUUAUAAAAAUUUUAACAAUGUGGCCCGAUGACUUGUGAUAAUGUACGCGUUUUUUGUUUUUUAAUUUAUUUUAUCAAAUGACAGCAAUUUAAUUAUCAAUCAUUAUCAUAAAUAUUUUCUUUUUUUUUUUUUUUUAAAUGAGUUAAAUCAGAAGUUUUUCAUUUUUUUUUUUUGUUUUAUUUUGUAAAUAUCAAUUUUAAAUUGAUUUUAUAAAAUUGUAAUUAUAAUUUUUGUUUUUUAAAUGUCAAUAAUGACAGUUAGCUAAUUGUUUUUAAAAUAUCUAUGUAAAAAUGUGAGUGAGUAUGUGCUUAUCAAAUAUGACCAAUUUUUUAGUGAAAAAAAAAAAAAAUUUAAUCAUAAAAUAAAGUAAAUUUAAUCUU